UCCUGGGUGUUAGCGACAGAACAUCAGGGAGGGCUGGACUGAUUUGUUCCCGCCCUAAACACAUUGACUGAUACUAUUCUGAAUCACAGAUAUUACUGCACGGGCGCUGCGUGCGAGCGCGACACAGACUGAAACAAAGUAACAGCCGCGCGCAGUCUGAUCUGAUACAUUGUUCCAUUCCGGCGCGGAUUAGAACUCUUUGUUACAUUGUGACACACUGUAUCUGCUGAUGAUGGAGCGCUGGAAGGGGAGAGUCGCGCUGGUCACCGGAGCGUCUGUCGGCAUCGGAGCGGCUGUGGCUCGCGCUCUCGUCCAGCACGGCAUGAAGGUGGUCGGAUGCGCUCGGAACGUGGACAAAAUCGAGAAGUUGGCAGCCGAGUGUCAGAGCGCGGGAUACAGCGGCACUUUGAUCCCGUACAAGUGUGAUCUGUGCAACGAAGAAGAGAUUCUGUCCAUGUUUUCCGCAAUUAAGACGUUGCAUCAGGGAGUGGACGUGUGCAUCAACAACGCCGGUCUGGCUCACAACGAACCGCUGCUCAGCGGAAGGACAGAGGGCUGGAGGAAUAUGAUCGAUGUAAACGUACUCGCUCUGGCCAUCUGCACGCGUGAGGCCUACCAGUCCAUGAAGGAGAGAAAUGUGGAUGACGGACACAUCAUCAACAUCAACAGUAUGGGAGGUCACAGGAUGGUGCCCAGUGCUGACGAACACUUUUACUGUGCCACUAAAUACGCUGUGACCGCUAUGACAGAGGGACUGAGACAGGAGCUACGGGAGGCCAAAACACACAUCCGAGCCACCUCUAUCUCACCUGGAAUAGUGGAAACUGAAUUUGCCUUCCGGCAUCACAACAGCGAUCCAGAGAGAGCUGCGGCUGUGUAUGAAAGUAUAAAGUGUCUGAAAGCGGAAGACAUCGCCAGUGCCGUCACAUACGUCCUGAGCGCGCCUGCUCAUGUUCAAAUCGGCGACGUGCAGAUGCGGCCGGUGGAGCAAGUGUCGUAGGAACGGAUCGGGAACGGGAAAUCACAAGCAGGUCAACACAAGCAGUGACUGGCGACACCUGCUGGACAAAACAUGUAUAACACCUCGUUUUAAAGAACUGAUUGAAGGGAAUUGGUUUGGGUUUGCAGAUCGGAUCGGAUCGGAUCUGAGAACGCGGCGAUCCGACGCGACGCUCAGGCGGUCAGGAGCGAGCCGGAGAGCGUCAUUACCUCCGUUUAAAUUUACAGAUGUACACGGUCUGCUGCUGUCUCAAAUAUAAGGGGAAACUUUCAGCCUUUUACAAAACACAACGUGGGAAACUGGAACAAAAGAACGAAGAUGUGUUUCUGUUUGAAACGGAGACGCUAUGCCAUAAAUUGCACAUUAUUUUGGUCUUUUUUUAUUUUUUAGGUCAUAUUGCAUAUCUGUUUUGAGAAUGUGAUGAUAUGAAACACUGUCGCUCGGUGCCGGUUGAGGUGAUGUUAAUUGCUGUAUUAAUUUGAAGUAUUCUAACUUGAAUUGUAUGUAGAUGUGGCUCUUAUACCGUAUUUACCGUGGUUUGGAUCCCGCUACUGUACCGUGCGUUCCUUUUGAAGCGGCGAGGCUCGAGGCUUCACUGGCCGCACUUUUAUGAAAUCAAGCGCAUGAUUUUCAUAAGGGAGAAACCUGUUUGACUGUAGUCACACUCCGAAUCAGGAACCUGAUAAAUGUUGGUUUUUACACUGAACUUUAAAUGAAUGAAAGGUCUGACACUGGCUUCUUUCAUAGGGAAAACGAGUAUGGAAACACUGUAGUGAGUACUCGAAAUGAAAUAAUACUUGAUAUAAUCUGUUCUUACUGAUGAUUUUUAUUAUUGGUUAUGGAUAAAUUUCUUUCCUUUUCACUGUAUGUCACCUCUACAUCUCAAAACAACCCAAAACUUGAUCUUUUCUGUUUAAUGUUGUUUAUAUUUGGGAAACUAUACCCUUUAUUUAACCAUUUGAAGCUUAAAUUAAAUAUAAAAUAAAUAAAAUUCAAUAGGCUAUUUGAAUUUCACGAAACCUGUCCAGUUCACAUUCGCCUGAAAAUUCUUUGACGUUAUUGUUUUGACAAUUUCAAUUUCACCCCCAGUUCUCAUUACCAUAACCCCAAAAAGUAUUUAUAAAUCAUGGUGGUAAGUUGUAAUACGGUAAAACAAUCACUUAAUGUGUGUAAUUGCCAUUAAAAUAUAAGUAACGUCAAAAGGAAAAAUCUUUAUGCUCCACAAAGAGGCUUGAUUUUUAUUUUCUUUUGGUUUUAGGGUGAAAUGUAACCUGGACAUGUUUCCGUGAUAUUCGCCCACUUAAAUCUUUACAGCAGGGUGGGAACAAAGAACAAAGUCUUAAUCCGAAGGUAUUCUGAAAUGUCCCUCUGUUAUGAUGUAUAAAUCCACAUGAACUCUCGCCAAUGUUAACGGUAUUUGGUUUGUAUAUUUUUAGCAUGAAUUAAUUAUGAAUUCGCAUGAAUGUCAGCUUUUAACACUUAUAAAAACUGAAGAUGUACAAAAUAAGGAACUUUUACUGUAAAGGAGAGCAAAAGGGCCAGUCGUUGAACAUUGAGGGUGAAGUUCACUGCAUGGACCCUGAGGGAGUGUUUUAUCAUCAAUCAUCACGCCCAUAAAGGUUACAAAACGCCUGCUAAUGAGAAUAAAAACAUAAUGGGCACAA